AAAAAAAAAACCGACGGUUUCGCUUUCUCUUUGUUCUCUGUCAUUCACUCACUCUUCUUUGUUGAAUACACUCUACCAGUGCGUGGAUUUCAUCGUGCCUUUGCAGAUCUUUUUCCAUCUCCGAUUACAAAUUGGAGAUUAUUCAAUAAGAUCUGCAAUGUGCACGGCAUCAAGGGCUUCAUUGAUCUCAUCGAUUCGGUGUCCGCACAAAUUACCUGGUUUCUGCUGUUCGAAGCUCACUACGUUGUGCCCAUCCCAAAGGAAGUUCCUGAUACCAUCGAAUGGGAAUUGGGAUCACAUACAGGUCAAGGAGCAAUGACAAGUGAAAGGAAAUUAGGUUCUAGAAGUGCUGAAGUUCCAAAAGCUGCUCUAGUCUCUGUUCCUUUUGAUGGGGGCAGUGAUAGUGUACUGAAGAUGCGACCUUUGCAUGGGAGGACUAGUGGCCCAACAAGGCGCUCUACAAAAGGACAAUGGACUCCUGAAGAGGAUGAGCUAUUGCACAAGGCUGUUCAGCGCUUUAAAGGAAGAAAUUGGAAAAAGAUAGCGGAGUGUUUCAAAGAUAGGACAGAUGUUCAAUGCCUCCACAGGUGGCAAAAGGUUUUGAAUCCAGAACUUGUCAAAGGUCCAUGGUCAAAAGAGGAAGAUGAUAUAAUAAUUGAGUUGGUGAAUAAAUAUGGGGCGAAGAAGUGGUCCACCAUUGCUCAAGCAUUACCUGGGCGUAUUGGAAAGCAAUGCCGCGAAAGGUGGCAUAAUCAUCUGAACCCUGCAAUCAACAAGGAGGCAUGGACUCAAGACGAGGAGUUGGCUUUGAUUCAAGCUCAUCAAAUUUAUGGAAACAGAUGGGCAGAGUUAACAAAAUUCUUGCCUGGAAGGACAGACAAUGCAAUAAAAAAUCACUGGAACAGCUCCGUAAAAAAAAAGUUGGACUCAUACUUGUCCUCAGGUUUACUUACAAAAUUUCAAGGUCUGCCUCACGUGCCCAAGCCAAACCAGUGCAUGCCUUCAUCCUCACUGGUGACACAACAGAGCAGUGGAGAUAAUAGUGGCCCCAAAGAUGUGGCAGAAGCAGAGGAAAUAUCAGAAUGUAGCCAAGGUUCAACUGCUGUUGGUUGCUCCCAUUCCGAGCAUGACAUGGUUCAUGCGGUUUCAGUACAAGCACAAGAAGACUUUAGAUUGACAGAGGCAGCUAGUCAAAGAAUGGGGCAAGGCUCUAGUAUGUCAUCAUGUUCCAAACAGUAUUAUACAUUUGAAGAUGUUCCAGAAAUACCUCAAGAACUGGCAAUCUCUGUCAGCCCUUCUGAGCAAAGCAUAUUCCCUGAAGUUGGAGGCUCCGACACUAAUGAUUGCCAUUUCAGUUCACAUGAGUUACCUCGUACCUGUUCACUGGAAAUGCUCCAGGAAACACCAGGGUUCUUUGAAACAUCAGCACAGUGUAUGACAGGUGUUGAUGAAAACCACAAAAGAGUAUCUGCUCUGUUACAGGACUCUCUGGGUUUCUGUGCUUCUACUUCAAUGGUAAAUAUGGUUGCGGAUUCUGAUGGACAGGAGAAUGUGUCAAUGUCUAAAGGUGAUUGUUGUGGGGUUACAAUUUCAGAGUCAGGCAUUAAUGGAUGCUUUUCUUCAGGUAAUCGGAUUAAUUGCUCAAAUACCAUUGACAUGGAUAGAUGUGUCAAUUCAUUCCUUUGCCGAUCAGACAUUCAGAGUUCUGAAGCUGAUGAAAGUUUAGCAUCACGGUCAUAUUAUCCAGCAAGAUUUUCUGAUAUGAUGGAAACCUCAACUUCUCAGUCUCUACCAAGUGUUCCCCCUCUGCUUUGCUCGGGGGAUGGUAAACUUAUACAUUAUAGUGAAUGCAAUGAGCUAAAAGACAUGUCUGCUGGAAGUCAUAUGAUGGAAACCUCAACUUCUCAGUGUCUAUCAAUUGUUCCCCCCUUGCUUUGCUCCAGGGAUGGUAAACUAAUGCAUGGUAGUGAAUGCAAUGAGCUAAGAGACAUGUCUGCAGGAAGUCAAGAGUCAGGGCUUAUUCCAAGAUCAUGUGACGAUUUCAUCUAUCUUAAUGUCUCUACAAGUUCUUGUGAUGGUGAUAUGGACAAGUUUUGCAUGGACACGGAGCCAGAUCAGUCAAAGGAUGAUUCAAAAUCAGUUCCUGUCGACAUUUUUAGUUCCUUGACUUCUGACACAACAGGAAUUCUUCCUUGCAUGGAUGAAAGCCCAAAUGCACACACAGAACAUCCGGAUUCAGAAGCUCUAUUUUAUGAGCCUCCUCGAUUUCCAAGUUUGGAGAUUCCUUUCGUCAGCUGUGAUCUCAUUCCAUCUGGUGGGGAUUGGCAGCAAGCAUAUAGUCCCUUUGGUAUACGCCAACUUAUGAUGUCUUCUACGAACUGUUCUUCCCCAUACAGCUUAUGGGAUUCACCAGCUCGUGAUGAUAGUCCUGAUCUUGUCCUAAAAAGUGCUGCCAAAAGCUUUAUGGGUACACCAUCGAUUUUGAAAAAACGGAACCGUGAGCUUUUAUCUCCUUUGCAAGAAAGAAAAAAUGACAAAAAGCUUGAGAGGGACACAAAUCAGGGAUCGCUUUGUACAUCUGCACUGGCCGGAUAUUAUUCGCGUCUGGAUGUUGUUCUUGAUGAAAAAGGGGGUCACAGGGCUUCUUUAUCUUCAAUUGAGGAGAUUCUUCUCUCUCCUUCAGAUAACCAGAAAACAAAUGCUGGAGCCUCUAUUCAGGAUAAGGAAAAUUUGGACCAUGCUUUUGAAGCAAGAAAAGAUGGUUCUGCAUUUCAAGAAGGAAGGGUUUCAGAGAAAAGUUUUGAUGGUAGUACUCAGGAGAAGGCAAGACAGGGAUGUAGUGAUGUGAGUAAGGUGCAGCAGCCUUCUGGAGUUCUUGUUGAACAGAAUGUCAAUAAUGUGAUUUUAUUUUCUCCUGAUCGAGAUAGAUAUCCAUCAAACAAAGCAUUGAGUGCAGGUACCAGAACUCCAAGAAAUCAAAAUUCCAAAAGUUUGGAUACUGCAUCAAACCAAGGUGGCCAUUUAGAAUCUUCAUCAGGGGAUCGUUGUCUUUCUGUAUUUGUCUCUCCUACUGUUCGAGAAAAGAGGCAUGAGAAGAAUUUAACGCCACUUGUAUCUGCACAAUGUGCUGAAACUGGUGGGAAUGGUGUUGAUAUUGAAAGCUUCAGCAUAUUUGGCAACACCCCUUCUAUCAGAAGAAGUAUUGAGUCUCCCUCGGCAUGGAAGUCUCCUUGGUUCAUGAACUCUUUUCUACCUGGAUCAAAAGUUGAUACAGACAUAACAAUUGAGGACAUUGGAUAUUUCAUGAGCCCUGGGGAGAGAAGUUAUGAUGCAAUUGGGUUGAUGAAACAGUUGAGUGAGCAUACUGCAGCUGCAGUGGCUGAAGCCCAGGAGAUUCUGGCAUCUGAAAACCCUGAAAUGUCUUCAAAGGAAAGAUGCUCCACUAACCAGAAUUCCAUCCAAGAGAACAAUCACUUCCCAGAUAAUGUGCUGGAGAACCAUAUUCCUCUGCCUUCUGGUGUCUUGAGUGAGCGGCGGGUUCUUGAUUUCAGUGGAUGUGGGACUCCAGUGAAGCAAGCAGAGAACAGGAAGUCAGGGGGAAAUGUGAAUGGAGUAAACUUUUCAAGCCCCUCUUCCUACCUGAUGAAGGGCUGCAGGUAGGACACAGUUCCUAUGGCUAAUGCCUGGAGCUUCUAUGUUUUGGAAUAUAUAUUUAUGUAUAUGUAUAAUAUCAUUCUUUCCCUUUCUCAUUAUUACAAAUUUCUGUAUCUGAUUUAAGUAAAUGGUAGAAAUUGGUGUAGAGGGCAGCUUAUAUAUUUCGGGGUUUAAAAAUGCAUGAUUAUCCAUUGUUUGCAUUAUGUAAAGAGCAAAUCUUAAGUUAGUUUUUUCUUGUAAUUUUUGUAAUAGUGGAUCCCUUUCAAAUCAAUCUGUCUUUGUGGUGUCUUUCUUCAA